AUGGACUCCCAUCCUCCCCAAACGGCGCUUCCCCGCUUCCCCACCAUAUUGCCGCCCGACAACGGCAUCAACAAUUCUUCAGACAAAACCAAUGAUGGAUCGGUCUAUUCCUCAAGCUUGGAAUCCCGAUACCACCACUCCAGGAGCAGCACCGAAAGUCUGUUGAGCGCUUCGACCACGACUGAGCCCCAGCUCUUUGAUCUUCGCAUCACCCGCUUCAUCGAGAACCCGGAUAGCGGCCCAUGCAUGUGCGCUCUCUCCUCCAACGUCGAAUUAAAUCCGGAGCAUAGAUUACAACGCUUGCGGAAGUCGGUGGACGAGUACGACUCCCUUUUCCCAACCGCAGCCAGCCCAGAUCACUCGACCAUAACGAAGGCGCCUUCAGUCAAAGACUUCGAGGGAGAAAAGACGAAGGAAGCCAUGACAGCUCGACACUCCACCCCCUCCCAGGACAAGGUCGAGCUCCAGAGGGCUGCCGAGAAAUUUAAGGCACGCAUAGCAGUACUUUCCGCAGACGAUGAGCAGCCACUUGGCGAGGAUGAUUUUGCGACCCUCCACUUUGAGGCCAUACUUCCAUAUCUAAAGGUAGCCCUCAAACAGCGUGUUGGCCCAGGAAUUUCGAUCGGGGUCUUCGAAACGAUAGAUUGCCGUGUGAUCCAAAUCAUGACGCACCAGGAACUACCUCAUAUGGGGCAGCUGGAGAUGGCAGAAAUGGUUGCCGAGCUUCUUCCUGAGGCAUCCCGUCACUCGACCACAUUGAGCUUUACGCAAGGAAGGCUUAUUCGCUCUGCAAGGGAGAUGAAUGGAAUUGAGCUGUGCAAACCUAGGAAUGCGUAUAAGUAUAAUGCUUUGGAGAUGGGCGACUCGAUUGGAUCCGAUAGGAGCGACGGCGUCUCGACUUCCGGGCCACGCAUCCUACUGGGUAAAAGGGUUUACCGAGUAAAUUGCUGGCAUAUGUGGGAGGACUUCGAUGGACAUAAUGAUAGUAUCGACGGGGAUGUCCAGCCCGACGUCUACCAUCCUUCAUAUCCUAAUGUAACUGAGUGCAACCACAUUGGGUCUUUAGCAGUGGCGGAGGGACCACAACGAACCGGAAAGGUCGUCCUUCGUUCUGGAUUCGAUCGCACCACUACUAGAAUCUCGUCCCAUCCUGAUUUUAUGGGAUGGGGCCAUGGCUCUUGGAGCAUCGUCUCGGACUGGACGCUAUCCACCGAAGAAAAUCAACUGCCCAAACCAAAUAUCGUAAAGAUGACAGGCGUGCCUCAGGUUGGGACCGACAACCUCAUCACAUCGGCUGGCUUGAUUCGACCGGGUUCUUACGUAUACUCUCUAGGUAGAUCUAGCGGUCUACAGAUUGGGUCCGUCCGUAGAUUCCCCACGUUCAUGGACGGUGAAAUGAAUGGGACUGGAAAAGAUACGCACGAGUGGACGGUAGAACAAGCUUUGACAGAGUUAGGCAAGGAAGCCUGGAGGUGCGGGGGGCUGGGAAUCCCAGGGGAUUCCGGAGCAGCUGUUAUCGACCUGCAAACACAUGCACUUGUUGGGCAGGUUUGGGCAACUGCAAUAGAUGAUACUGGAGACCGCGUUACCUAUAUCAGUAACUGGUCCGAUAUUGCGGAUCAUAUCAAGGAGAAAAACCGAGGAGGGUUGACUCUAGUGCUGCCGAAGCAAGAUGACCGUUGGUACAAGGAAACUUCCAGACCUGUUUGCGAUGGAUGUGCGGUUGAGCUGAAAGAACAUCUCGAUUCUAUCGAGCCAAUCAUCCGCUUGCUUGAGCAACGGAAGCCUUGCUCAAAUGAUAGUUCUUUGACUAUAUCUGGACAAGACACGGCAUUGUCGGAAUCCUUAACGCAGGAUGACCCAGGAGAGUCGAAAGUUGGAAAGGACAGCAACAUCAGUCAAAUCCCAUUGCAUCAGGCCACGGGCAAGAAGACUCAGCUGAAAGCCAAAGUGGCGAUGAGUGCAGGGCCAGCCCUCAUCAACAUCCCCAAUGUUGGCCAAACACUUCACCGAUCUUCGAUGAGGGAGACUGAGCGGGAGUCGAUUGUGCUGCCAGCAGCAGAGCAAGCUGUCGUAGCGUAGAGAUGAUGGGUAGUGGAGGGAGAGCUUGGCCGGACUCUGCCAUUCAAGAGGCUCGAGUUCACUUGACAUAAAGGAACAUUCCAGUCUGAUGAGGAGGGGUAUUUCUGGAUCAACGGCUGUACAUUGACUAUACCUUGCCCAUGUUUGGGGGGGAGUAUAAAGUUAUCAGC